AUGAAUGACUUUUUAAUGAAAGAAGACAUUAUUGCAGAGCUACACUCUAUCAUUUUUUCAUUGGAAUCUAGUUUACAAGAUCAAACAGAUAUUGACAAUGCCUAUCAAAAUAUAUGCUUGUCUGUUAAAAAGGAAAUGGAAAAAGAGUUACCAAAACAAAAGAUUCAUACUUUAGAAUCUUCCUGUAAUAAAAAGAAGAAAAUUGGCAAACAGUGGUGGUCUGAGAAUCUAACUAAGAAAUGGAAUGAGAACAAGCCUAAUACCAGCAAGCUGGGGAAGAUUCUUGUUCCAACCAAUCAAUUUCAACUUCUGUACCAACAACACCAUUCGUCAUAUCCGGUUGACCUUUUACCUUUCAAAGCGCUUACAGAAUUAUCCAAUCGCCUGUUCCACACUGAACCACGUGACAAGCUUCCAAAGACAUUUUAUUUCAAUCAGGACGACCUGGACAAUGUUCUCUACGGGUACGCCAGACAAUCAGGGAAUCCUCGAAUUGGAGUGCAUGCGCUUAGCGGGCUCAAAGUUGGAGAAAUUUCACACGGUAUAGACCGUAUAUUGUCACAUGCCAGCCCAAGCACGAACACUCCUUUGAUGAUGUCGGCAUUUCGAUAUUCCAGAACAGACCCUCCGCCACACGAUCUGCCAGCUGAAUUGUGUAUAUGUCCCACAACUUUUGCUGGAAUGGUGCAUUAUGGAAUAUUCUGCCGGAAGCAGACAAUACCUAAAGGAACGCGGUACGGACCUUUCAAAGGGAAAGUAGUGAACACAAGCGAAAUCAAAUCUUUUGACGAUAACAGUUACAUGUGGGAGAUUUUCAAGGAAGGAAAACUCAGCCAUUUUAUUGAUGGACGCGGUGCGACCGGAAAUUGGAUGUCGUAUGUUAACUGUGCUAGGCAUAUCUCGGAACAAAACGUCACUGUGGUGCAGGAAGGAGGCCAGAUAUUUUAUGAGGUAUGUCGUGACAUACAUCCCGGAAUGGAAGUUCUGGUUUGGUACGGGGACAUGUAUUCACAAUUCAUGGGUAUACCGGUUACACUUGCCGCUACAGAAGAAGAAAAACAAAGUGAAAUGUUAGCAGACGACAAUCUUUCAGGUAAUGAAGGUUUCCAGUGUGAAAGAUGUGGUAAGGUAUUUGCAUACCGAUAUUACCGUGAUAAACAUUUGAAAUACACGCGCUGUGUUGACCAAGGUGACCGGAAGUUCCCCUGUCAUUUGUGUUCAAGAUCAUUUGAAAAGAGAGAUCGUUUACGGAUACACAUUUUACACGUGCACGAAAAACACCGCCCACAUAAAUGUGGAGUAUGUGGAAAGAGUUUCAGUCAGUCUUCGAGUCUAAACAAACAUAUGAGGGUACACAGUGGAGAGCGGCCCUAUAAAUGUGUGUAUUGUAACAAAUCUUUCACAGCUUCCAGUAUUCUCAGAACACAUAUCAGACAGCAUUCUGGCGAAAGACCGUUUAAGUGCAAAUACUGUGGAAAAGCGUUUGCGUCACACGCUGCGCACGAUAGUCACGUAAGACGUACGCAUGCGCAAGAAAAAGCAAACACGUGCAAAGAGUGUGGCCAACUGUUUGGACAUAUUUUUGACCUGAAAUUACACAUGAGAGUACAUGAAGGUUCCGGUUUACCGGCUGCUCAAAGAUUAAUGAUGACUCAAGAACAUGUUGAGUAAGAAAUACCAGGACUAUAAUGAACGUGUUCUUUUCAUCACAUUGUCAACGGAA